UUACACAUGUGGCAUUUCAGUAAAGAUGUCAGCUUUUGGACAUUAGCUAUUAAUGUGAAUUUAAUCAUUUUCGAGCCGCUACGCUGAUUAAAGUUUAUGAAUUGUUUUUUUAGAGUUAAUUCUAUUUCCAAAUCACCUCGCGCGGCGCAGACAACCCUCCCCUCACAUUUUCUGCGCGGUUCCAGUAACAGCAGUUAACCUAUCGCGCUGUUGUGGAUGGCUUUCGAGGACAAGUUUUGUUUGUGUGUUUUGGUUUUGGGUUCCUCCGGUGGGUUUGACUGAAAGGCUCUCUGUGUAGUUCCCUGAUUUGCGGCUGUGGUGGAAAAUUCUCAUUUGGGAUUUGAGUACACACGGCUUGAAAGCCUCGCAGUCAACACUUCAUCAGUGAGUGAGGUCAACUCUCUCACACUUCACACAACGGGUGCACACAUGUACACAAACACUCACUCGCUGACAAAGACACUCACAAGCUACCCUCUCUCUCUCUCCCUCUCUCUCUCUCUCUCUCACUAACACACACACACACUUGCACAUGUGCACACUCUGACACAGUUUGGGCUUGCCCAACCAAUCAGAGGCUAGUGGAGUAGGUCCCCCCAGAAGUGGGUGGGAGAGCUGUUGAAACAGAAGUCUGUCUCAGGACGCACAAAGUUUGCAUUGGUGGUUUGGAGAACUUUUCUGCCUACAACUUCUCUGCGCUUAUUUAAAUUUUUCAUGUUCUUUUUUUUUUUUCUUUUUUUUUUUUUUAAAUUGAAUUCUGGGGUCAAUUAGAGCACAGCUUGAGUGUGGAAUGGCUGAACUGGUGAGAAUCCGUAAGAAAAGGCUGCAGAUACCCAUCUCUAGACUGAGGAGCAUGUUGAAGCAGCUGGAGGAGAAAGAUGUCGACUUCGAGGACAUCAAAAAGAACCUGGAUUUUACGGCAUCUUUACUAGAGGCAGUGUACCUCGAUGGAACGAGGCAGUGUCUGGAGUCUGAAGAUGACCUACAGCAGCUGCAGUCAGACGGGGUGCCUACCGAGGUCACCGACUGGCUGGCGUCCACCUUCACUCAGAGGAUUCGGCGCCCUGUCCGACGCUCAGACGAGAAGCCCAAGUUUCGUAGCAUUGUGCAUGCAGUACAAGCUGGGAUAUUUGUGGAACGGAUGUUCAAGAGGGCCUACACCGCUGCCAUGCCAGACCAACCUGCAGCGGUCGUAAACUGCCUCAGGGAUGUAGACCGCUGGAGCUUUGACGUGUUUGCGCUUAACUCGGCCAGCUCUGAUCACGCACUACAAACUCUGUUCUUUGAGCUGAUCACCAGAUAUGAGCUCAACAGUCGUUUUAAGAUCCCCAUCUCGUGCCUGACAGAAUUCCUCUCCGCGCUGGAGAGAGGAUACUGCAAACACAACAACCCCUACCACAACCACGUUCACGCCGCUGAUGUGACGCAGACGCUGCACUGCCUGCUGCUGCGCUCCGGACUCGUGCACUGGCUGACAGAGCUUGAGGUGAUGGCGUCACUUUUCGCUGCAGCCAUCCAUGACUACGAACACACGGGAACCACAAACAACUUUCACAUCCACACAAAGUCAGAGUUUGCGUUGAUCUACAACGACCGGUCGGUGCAAGAGAGCCAUCACCUGAGUGCAGCCUUCCGCCUGUUGCAGGACGACCAGAUGAACAUCUUCAUUAAUUUGACACGAGAAGAAUGGAUGGAGCUGCGGUCGCUUGUUAUAGAGAUGGUGCUGUCCACCGACAUGUCCUCCCACCUACUCCAAGUCAAGGCGAUGAAAUCCUGUCUACAACAACAGGAACGGAUUGACAAGCCCAAAGCACUGUCUCUGUUACUGCACACCGCUGACAUAAGCCAUCCAUCCAAGCCCUGGGCACUGCACUCUCGCUGGACCAAAGCCUUGAUGGAGGAGUUUUUCAGACAGGGUGAUAGAGAGGCGGAGCUCGGCCUGCCCUUCUCUCCGCUGUGUGAUCGAAAAACCACCCUCGUAGCUGAGUCCCAGAUUGGUUUCAUGGACUUCAUUGUGUAUCCUACAUUCUCUCUGUUGACGGACAUGGCUGAAAAGAUUGUGAUUCCCUUGGUGGAAGAGAACCCAGGUCCACCAGACCCCUGCAACAGACACAGUAAUCUUUGGAAGGAGAGCUCCAGAGGUCUGCAGUGGAGUCUUGCUCACAUCACGGCUGAGCUGGUGAGCUUCCGCUCCACUUGGACACGACACACCGAAGACAACAAGCUUAAAUGGAAGGAAAGUGGCUCGAAUGGAUUUUCGGAGCCCAGUGUGACAAAAGAACAAAGACAGUCCAGACAAGAAGUGCUGUCAGAACAAUCCCCGCAAGACCCCACUACAGAUACAAAACAGUAGACAGGACUUUAUUUGUAAUAUGUGCUUUUUUUGUCAUAGAAUAUCUCUAAUGGUUAACUGAGGUUAACACUGAGUCACUUUUUGUAACAAAACCACGCCUUUUAUUGUGAUGACUGAAUGAAAUGAAAGAUUGAAAUCAUCUUCCCAAGGUAAGAUGCAGCAUAAUCACAGAAAUGUCCUCAUGUCUUAUUUUAAGAUUAGAAUACUACAAUAAUUUAAAUGCAACGCGUACAUGCUGGUCAUGUGAAAUAGUGUAGACCGUGUCAUUAAUUUAAUUUGCCACCUAAACACCCACAAGGAACAUUUUAUCUUUUGGCAGUUUGAACUGUACACCAAUCAUUUCACCUUGAAUUAAAACUCAACCAUGUGCUAUA